AAUUGAGAUAUAAUAAGCAAAUAAUGUUUGAGUAACAAAAGAAGUCUUUCUCUAUACAGUACUCCCCCCCUCUGUUUACUCAUCCCUAACACAUCCUUGAUAUGCCAAAUCAGAUAGUCCCCACUUUUCAAUGAGUAAUAGUGGCUACAGCAACAUAUUGAGCUUUGUCCACUACAGUAUGUUAUUGUGGGAGCCGACUGCCUCAGUGUGCAUAAUCGCUGGGUUCCUUCAUUCCUGCUCGGGUCAUAAAGAUACAGCUGGUAUCAAUGGUGAUGGCCACAGCUUAUCUUGGCUUUGUUGCUACAGGAAUGCCAACCACAUGGAACUUGUUGAUUUGUUGGUGUAUUUUGUGGGUAAGAUCGUGUGGGAACCCAACAUUCAUUAUGAAGGAGGUACAAUGGUGAGACGAGCAGUUGACAUUGAAAAGCUGAGCAUGUUUGAGUUUAGUUAUUUGCACGACGAGGUGGGUGGGAAAGGUGGCGUCAGUGGGAUAUACUACUCUAGUCCUGGGAAGAGUAUUGCAAAUGGGGUUACGAGGAUUGAAUGCGAUGUUCAUUUGAGAGAUUUCUUGAACGCACAUAUUGGAUUCUGGCAUGCCAAGAUUUUCCUUGAAGCUAAUGAACCAUUAAAUUUGAAUGGACUGGACGUAGAUGAACCAUUGAAUUUGAAUGAACCAUUGAAUCUUGAGGUGGACAAUGCUAUGUCAUCAGAAGAUGAGGACUAUGUGCCGUUAGAGGAUGAAGAAGACUCAACUGAUGAUGAUGAGGACCUUCCACAAGAGGCAUAUGAGGCUAUGGUGCACUUGCCCUUCAAAAUUGCAAACCACAUUGUUGCUGAUCUUGAAAAAGGGGGACGAGUACUUCAGGAUGUACACUCCACUGUUAGGGGCCACAUCAGUCAACUUCCUGAUGAAGUUCUUGAGUGUAUUCUCAAUAAAUUAAAACAUAGGGAUGCAGUUAGAGCAAGUUUGGUAUCAUGUAGAUGGAGGCAUCUUGUUUUGUCCCGGGCUCGCCUUGUUUUUGAUUUGCCUAGCAUGUUUGAAAUGGAAAACUGUGACCUGAAGGGAGCCUCGGGAAGGAAAUGUGUUUGUUUAGAAUACAAAGAUCGAUUCGUACAAGCUGUAAAUCAAUUCAUAGCUUCGUAUAGAGGCACACACAUAAAUGAAUUCGUUGUCUAUUUUUGCCUGAAGAGGGACUCUGCUUCUGCUGUCUUAAAUUGGAUUAGAUUUGCUCUUGAUUUAGGUGUGCAACUGCUCGACGUGCAGAUUUAUGGUGAACACUGCAAAGCUAAAGUGCCGUUGUGUGGUACUCGUUGCGAAAUUCCUCUAAAGCAUCUUCUGCCAUCUAACCGUGAUGCAGGAGAAACGUUUAUUCUCCGUCCAUUCAGCCAGCUGAAGGCCCUCAUAUUUCAUCGCAUAUGUUUGAAGUCUCAUUGUAUGGAGACUUUGCUAUCAAGCUUAGUAAACCUUAAGCAGUUGGAAAUGAAACAAUGCCAAUUGCCUUCCUAUCUAAACCUCAACUCACUCACCAGUCUAGAGGGUGUCUCGGUUUUCCAUUGCACCAGGUUGGAAAAGAUUGACGUGGCUAGUCUUAAGCUUAAGAGUUUGAAAGUUUUGUGCCGGAGGAUUGUUUCAUUGGAGCUAACUGGGGUUCCUAACUUGGAAGAGCUCUGUUACUCUGUGCAUGGCGGUAGCAUGCACCAUAUUUUUAUGAAGCUGCCCGAACUUCUUCCUCGUUUGACAACUUUGAGGGUCGACUCUAGUUCCAACUGGCUGUGUGUCCGAGAGGACAAGGAACCCGAGAAGCUAGAGUCCGUUGAAUACCAUCAUAAAUGCCUCGAGUGGAUUUCAAUCCAUGGAUUCGUGGGCACCAAGUAUCAGAUCGAGUCUUGUAAGUAUCUACUCAAACUUGCUCCUCACGCGAAAGAGUUGGGAUUAAAGCGUGCAUUGCCCGAUUUGUUGUCCCGUCUAAAAGAAGCAGGGCGGAGAAGACAUCUACUGGGUGAACAAGGAUCUAUGGUGCACUUGCCCUUCAAAAUUGCAAACCACAUUGUUGCUGAUCUUAAAAACGGGGGACGAGUACUUGAGGAUGUGCACUCCACAGUUGAGGGCCACAUUAGUCAACUUCCUGAUGAAAUUCUUGAGUGUAUACUCAAUAAAUUAAAACUUAGGGAUGCAGUUAGAGCAAGUUUGGUAUCAUCAAGAUGGAGGCAUCUUGUUUUGUCCCGGGCUAAACUUGUUUUUGAUUUGUCUAACAUUUUUGAAAUGGAAAGCUGUGACCUCAAGGGAGCUUCAGAAAAGAAAUGUGUUUGUUCAGAAUACAAAGUUAAAUUUGUUCAAGCUGUGUAUCAAUUCAUAGCUUCGUAUAGAGGCAGAUGUAUAAGAAAGUUCAUUGUUCAUUUUUGCCUGAAGAGGCAGUCCACUUCUGAUGUCAUGGAUUGGAUUAGAUUUGCUCUUGAUUUAGGUGUGAAAGCGAUCGACUUGCAGUUUUAUUGUGAACAUUGCAGUGCUAAAGGGGCAUUGUGUGGUACUCAGUGCGAAAUUCCUAUAAAGCAUCUUCUGUCAUCUAACUGUGAUGCAGGAGCAACUUUUUCUCUCCGUCCAUUCAGCCACGUAGAGGCCCUCAGAUUUGAUCACACUCGCUUGAAGUCUCAAUGUAUAUGGAGUUCGCUAUCAACCUUAGUAAACCUCAAGCAGUUGAAAAUGGAAUUUUGCGAAUUGCCUCCCGAUUUAAGCCUCAACUCACUCACCAGUCUAGAGCGUGUCUCGGUUUUGUUUUGCGUCGGGUUGAAAAAGAUUGAACUGGCUAGUCUUAAGAUCAAGAGUUUGAGAUUUGUGUGUGAGAGGACUCUUUCGUUGGAGCUAACUGGGGUUCCUAACUUGGAAAUACUCCAGUAUGCAAUGCCUGAGAAUGGCUUGUGGUACAAGUUUUUGAAGCUGCCCGAAUUUGUUCCUCAUUUGAGAGCUUUGAGAUUGGACUGUAAUUCCAACUGGCUUGAACACAUGCCAGAAAGCACGAUUACAUUCUCAAGACUUGGGAUAUUAAACGUGGAGUUGGAUCCCAGAGUGGGAGAUAUCAUGUUUAAGCUGUGUGCCCGAGAGGACAAGGAACCAGAGAAGCUAGAGUCCAUUGAUGAAUACCAUCAUGAAUGUCUCGAGCGGAUUACAAUCCGUGAAUUUGUGGGCACCAAGUAUCAGAUCGAGUCUUGCAAGUAUCUACUCAAACUUGCUCCUGGCGUGAAAAAGUUGGAAUUAGGGCGUGCUUUGCCCGAUACGUUGUCGUGUCUAAAAGAAGCGGGGUGUAGAAGUCAUCCAAUGAGUGAAGAAGAAUGUGAUAGCGUGGUAAAUGCGCUGAAACUAUUUUCAAUUGAUGCAAAGGUGUUCUUCAUCUAAUUUGAAGAAACAUUACAUACUUAUUGAACUUGAUUAUCUUUUUUUGUUGAUCAUAAUUUACAGUGAAUUUUUCAUCAAGUUUACAACAUUGCCAAACACAUAUGGGUCAGCUAUGGAGCUAGUUAAUACACAGCUUACAGUACAAGACUCCCAAAAUUUGACCUAACAAAGGGGUGAUGUAUAA